ACAAAACAAAAAUUUGAAAAAGAGCGCCAAUUUUGUAUAGUUUUUAAGGAUGUGGUAUUUUUUGUUUUUGAAAUGGUGGCAGCGCAGUGUUGAAAAACUUGCCCACGUGUCAGUGCUGAAAAGCGCCGAGAUCCCGUUUGAUUUACAAUUUGGCAUUCGAAACUGUUGUUUCUUAAUUUUCCACAAAAAUAAAAGUGCCCCAAAGAUGAAGACUACACCGAAAAAGAAGGAGACGUCCCUGCGCCUGCGUGAGGCGAGGCGUGAGGAGCAGAAGCCGGAGACGAGCCAACAGACGCCGGACGACGAUGCGGAUUCGGAUUUGCCCAUUCGGGGACGUCCGUCAAAAAAGCUGCUGCUCCAAAAGCAACAGCAGCGUCAGUACCAGGGCAAGUCGGAGCCGGAGGGCAAGACGGUCCCAGCUGUAGUCUACUCAAAGGCUUCUACCUCCUCGGCUGCUCUCAUCGGCGGACGCAUCAAGGGCAGAAGAGUUCUUUACAAGAAAACCGGCGGCGGCGGUGGAUCAGCCCAAAAGACUCCCGGAGAGUCUUAUGUCAUGCGGCUGUUCGAGCGCAGCUUGGACCUCUCAAAGUACCAGGACGGCACUCCUUUGUAUCCCAUUUGCCGUGCCUGGAUGGCCAAUCAACCUAGGAAUCCCGCUGUAGCGACUUUUCAGACGGACGGUUCAGUGACGCCCGUUAAACGCGAGGACAACGGUGAGGAGAUCCUUUCCAGACUGCGCAGUGGUGAACUCAAGGUGCUCACCCAGUUACCGCAGGCAAAGUCUACGGAUCUACCAAUCAUCCCGCCUCGCCUGGAAUUUGGUCAGGAUGAAAAGGAGCGGGAGAAGGCCCUCGAGGGAGCAAGUGCCUCCGAUCUAUUGGCCUCCAAUGUGGCCCGUUGGAAGAAGGUGCGCGGCCACUGGCUUAAGCAUACCCAAAAGUACGAUCAGGAACGCUAUGAAGUUAUUGACGCUAUUAUGAACGUGGUCUGCAAGAAUUGAAGUUUCAUCAUGGAAGAUGUGAAAGAGAAUAAAAUAACAUUAAAUAACAAGGACGGAUUGUCAUCAAUGGAAAGCAAAAGACUUAUUUUAUUCCCAUUAACUUGAGUAAACGUUUAUUGGUUAUUUAAAGAUCUAAUUUAAAAUAAUAAGUGAAUGCUUAGGGAAUUUUUCGUCAAUGGCUUCAAACAAAAGCGCUAAUAUUUUUUAAUGUAUCGAAAUAAAAACUUUUUGUCGAAAAACUAAAAUAUAAAAUUUGAAAAUACAUA